AUGAAUCAACUGGGAAAUCCGGCAAGAUGGCCAUUGCCAUUCUCCAAAGGCCGGUCGGGGGCGGCAACGGGACAAGACGCCGCCGCAAUUGAGUUCUCACGGGCGUCGCCAAGGGAGGCUCAACAAGCCCUGGGGGGAAAGAUGCCCGCACGGGCCGGAACAAAAACGUCGAUGGAGAAGGGCAGGGAGGGGGGAGAUGGGGAGGUGAGGCCAGCCUGGACCAGGGUGCAGGGGACCCGGCAAGGUGGUGUGGGGAGACCAGGCGACAGCUCGCUCGCGUGCAUGUACGCCAGUGGCUGA